AAAAGAAGAGAGAGAGAUAGAGAGGAGAAUCCAAGUAAUAAGACGACUUUAGUCAACGGUUAUAAUUGGUAUAACAAAGAUUGAUACAAGGCCAAAGGGAAUUUUGGUAUAUUUAAUACCUUAAAGAACCAUCCGUCCAAAGGUCCCCCGACCAACUCCUUGUCCCAUUUCCCUUCAAACAUGCAGCUGAUUAUGCCAAAACUCCUUUUUCUAAUCUAUUUCUCUCUCUUCCGCCAUUGAUGCCCACUGAGAAAACCUUCAAAACCAAACCCCACUUUUACCCACAUCACAAUUAUCCAAUCCAGCAUCUGGGUCGUCUUCUCUCCAUCCAAUUGGGCAAAAAGAGUUUGGAGCUUUCGGCUAUGGAGAUGGAGCUGGUUGUCACGUGCGAUUGCUGUGGGCUGAAAGAGGAUUGCACCCAAUUCUACAUCAGCGAAGUGAAGGCCAAAUUCGAAGGGAAAUGGCUGUGUGGGCUGUGUUCUGAGGCUGUCAGAGACGAAGCCAAGAGGAGCAAGAAGCCAUUGGAGGGAUCGGUGGAGGAAGCUGUGAAGGCCCACAUGUCGUUUUGCCGCAAGUUCAAAUCCAACCCUGCCAUUCGUGUGGCCGAUGGAAUGAGGCUCAUGCUCAGGAGGAGGUCCAGCGACAUGUCGUCUUCCUCUUCUUCUUCUAAUUCUAAUUCUAAUUCUUCUGCUAAGAAAUAUGGGAGAUCGGCCAGCUCCUCGCAGACGCAUGCUACUAAUGUGGGGAGUUCCGUCUCCGGAGUAGGAUCUACAGCUCAAAUUACAACCAUGAAAAUCCCGGUAGCCCCGACAUUAGUACUUCUGUUAAUUGGUGGUUGAAUUCGAAUUACCCACCAUUUAUUUGUAAUAUAAUGUUGUUAAAAUAAUAAUAUAGGAAGAGUAAUAAUUGGAGUGAAAAAGGGCAAAGAGUUGUGCACAUGUUUGUCAAAUGGGUUGAGAAGACAUAAAAAACUAUAUUGUAUUCUUUAUGGUCUUAAAAAAACAUAGAAAAGAAAGAAGGUUAGAUCAAAA